CUUCCCUCAUUUUAUGAACCUGACGAACAAGAAAUAAUCAGAUCGUGAAAAGCCACUGCGAAAAAAACAAUCACACAAUGGAAACUUCGGCGUCCUCUGCAAGAUCUAGCUAAGGCGUUCCCAGUUGCUGUCUCUAGAUGUUCUUCUUCCACUUCGGCGUCCAGAGGCACGGAUUCAUUCAUCUCUCGCUGGUAAUCCGAUUCCACCAUUUCCGAUCUGAUUCGCGACCCUAGAACCACCUCCGACGAACAAUGGCAGGAGCGGCCUCCGCGAUAUUUCUGCUUGACAUCAAAGGCCGCGUUCUCGUGUGGCGCGACUACCGCGGCGAUGUCUCCGCCGUUCAAGCCGAGCGAUUCUUCACCAAGCUCAUCGAGAAAGAGGGGGAUCCACAGUCGAAGGAUCCUGUUGCUUACGAUAAUGGAGUGACCUACAUGUUUGUACAGCAUAGUAACGUUUACCUGAUGAUAGCUUCAAGGCAGAACUGCAAUGCUGCUAGUCUUAUCUUCUUCCUCCAUCGUGUAAUCGAUGUCUUCAAACAUUAUUUUGAGGAAUUAGAGGAGGAAUCACUGAGAGAUAACUUCGUGGUAGUGUAUGAAUUACUUGAUGAGAUGAUGGACUUUGGUUACCCUCAAUAUACUGAAGCGAGAAUCCUUAGUGAAUUUAUCAAGACCGAUGCAUAUAGAAUGGAAGUUACACAGAGACCUCCAAUGGCUGUUACGAAUGCAGUCUCAUGGAGGAGUGAGGGCAUACAGUACAAAAAGAAUGAAGUUUUCCUGGACGUUGUAGAGAGUGUAAAUAUUCUUGUCAACAGUAAUGGGCAAAUUGUCAGGUCUGAUGUCGUUGGAGCUCUGAAGAUGCGAACUUAUUUGAGUGGAAUGCCAGAGUGUAAGUUAGGCCUGAAUGAUAGGGUAUUGUUGGAAGCGCAGGGACGGGCAACGAAGGGUAAAGCCAUAGAUUUAGAGGAUAUCAAAUUCCAUCAGUGCGUUCGAUUGGCCCGUUUCGAAAAUGAUAGGACGAUAUCCUUCAUACCGCCUGAUGGAUCUUUUGAUUUAAUGACGUAUAGACUCAGUACUCAGGUAAAGCCUCUUAUUUGGGUUGAAGCUCAGAUAGAGAGGCAUUCAAGAAGUCGUGUUGAGAUGCUUGUAAAAGCCAGGAGUCAAUUUAAAGAACGGAGUACUGCAACAAAUGUCGAGAUCGAGCUGCCUGUUCCACAAGAUGCAUCUAAUCCUAAUGUUAGGACGUCUCUUGGGUCUGCUUCGUAUGCUCCUGAAAAGGAUGCCCUUGCCUGGAAAAUCAAAUCUUUCCCCGGGAACAAGGAGUACAUGUUAAGGGCGGAGUUCCAUCUUCCCAGCAUAACCGCGGAAGAAGCAACGCCGGAGAGAAAAGCUCCUAUCCGCGUUAAAUUUGAGAUACCAUAUUUCACUGUUUCAGGAAUUCAGGUAAGAUACCUGAAGAUAAUAGAAAAGAGCGGGUACCAGGCGCUUCCAUGGGUGAGAUACAUAACCAUGGCCGGUGAGUACGAACUCCGACUCUUGUAAAUUACCAUUGAGACGGCGGGAAAUUCUACAACGACAAAAAAAAACGUAAGAAGAACGAUUUUGAAGCCUUUUCCGUUGACUCAAAAAUUGUCUAGCGAUUUGUUUAGAAGCAAAUGUUCUUUGUGAAUUUUCAAUGCUUUGUUUAUUUUUUUUUUUUUUGUUACAUGCCCAUUUACUUAAGAUGUAAGAUUCGGCUUUGUUUUGUUUCUCCGCGAAAUGCUAAAAGGGCGCUGUCUUCCUUGUGUGGAUAUCCAAACGAUUCUGAAUAUCAGAAUCCUGAAGAUGUAGUGAAACGGCAUGUAGUUUGCGGUAUGCUGGGAAGUGAAACGGCUUGUAGUUUGAGCUGAUUUAUCACCAA